AUGGAUCCUAAACCAGAUCCAAAUGACAAACUAUCAAAAGUUAGACCCUUACUCGAACACCUGAGAUCCAAAUUCAAAGAAAUCCCCAUGACUGAAUAUCUAUGUGUAGAUGAGCAGAUGGUACCUUUCAAGGGGAAUUCCUCUAUGAAACAAUAUAUUCCUAAGAAACCACACAAACGUGGAUACAAGAUAUUUGUUUUGGCAGAUGAUAUAGGAAUGGUGUAUGAUUUCAUGCUAGAUGUUGAUCACUUAGCUUCACGGGGUAUAUGGUGUAGUGGAACUGUUCCGCAAAACAGAUUACAAAGCCUGACGUUCAAAUCAGAUAAGCAACUUCAAGCUUAUGGGUGUGGGUCUCAUGAUGAAUGGGAAACAGUGUAUGAGGAUGGUAACAAAAUAACAGCUCUGAAAUGGUUUGGCAACAAAGCAGUGCAUCUUGUAUCUACAUUUGCCACGUCAUUCCCAUUCGACAAGUGCACAAGAUUUAACAGAAAAAUGAAAGAAAAAGUAGAAGUUGCUAGACCAUUCAUUGUCAAGGACUACAAUACAUAUAUGGGUGGGGUAGAUCAAAAAAAUAUUACCAAAGGCUAA